AUGAGCUUUCGACAUCCGAACAUCGCAUCGGGGGCAUCCUUUAUGCAAGCUCCCGACCUGAACUCCAGCGUCAUCAGCAUUCAAAGUACAGAGGAUAGUUCGUCGGUGUAUAAUCCCUCCUUUCGUACGGAACACGAUGCCGACUCGGGAGAGGAUAGCGAUCCAGAGAUCGUCAUAACAAACAGCCCUUUUGAAGCGAACGAUCGAAAGCGCAGAGCUUCAGAAUCCAUCACAGACACAGAAGAGAGUGACGAUGACCUUAUAAUCUUGGGGUCUGAUGGCGAGACACAGGAAGAAAAGAAAACCACAUCCGAUCUGUUACAAGACGCCGCUAGUCGCCAAAAUAGCGUAAAGAGUCUAACAGAUGUGACUUGUCCCAUCUGUUUUGAUGAGAUCGAGCAAUGUGUUGUGAGUCCAUGCGGCCACUUUUACUGUUCCAACUGUGUAUACAGAGCUUUGGCUAGUUCCAAGGUCCGAAACGGCUCUCGGGGAUGUUGCGCACUUUGCCGGAAGGUUGUCCAAUAUAAAGAUCUUGUUUGGCUUAAAGUGCGAAUAUUAAAAGAUUCGCGCUGA